AUGUCGCUCCCAUCAGCUUUGAGCGACGAUGAAGGCGAGAUCUUCAAUGGAUUCGGAUCUGCACCCAUUCAAAGAAACCCUUCCCAAUCUGGCAGGCGUACAAAGAAGAGAUGGUCCUUUCACAAUAGCGCGAAGCCCAACUUAAUCGACGAAAGCUCUAGCAGCACCACCGGGGGUCCUGGAGGAGGUAAUUUUGGCUUCUCUAAGACAGCACGUAGUCGUAGAAUGAGUGACACCAACACUGACGGGGUCCACAACGAGAUCGAUCCGUAUCACAUCUCUCCAGCACAGUUGUACUCCACUGAAUCCGGUAGGUUGUUCCAUGCAGGAAAAAUCUGUAUUGCACUUGCUGGGCUACCAGGAAGAGGUAAGACUCACCUUUCAGUCUCGCUUACGAGAUACUUGCGUUGGUUGGGGGUCAAAACUCACCUGUUCCACUUGGGUGAUUACAGAAGAGCCAAUUCUGAAUCAAAUGACGUUCAUUUUGACUUGUUUAUCCCACAACCUGAUAACCCUAAGAAUAAUGAGUUCCGUCAAAAGAUUGUAAAUGAAUGUCUUAACGAUAUGCUCAAUUUUUUCAAGAAUGACAAGGGACAAGUGGCUAUCUAUGAUGCAGUAAAUGCUCUCCCUGAGUAUAGGAAGGAGUUGGAGGAAAAGUUCGCUAAGCUCGACAUUCAAAUCUUGUUUAUCGAGUCCUUGGUCACGGACGACGCUAUAAUUUUGAAGAAUAUGAUUGAGGCUGCUAAAUUGUCCCCUGACUACAGAAACUGGAGUUACGAACAGGCUUACAAGGAUUAUAGUGAGAGAAUCAAGAUCCUCACUCCUUACUACAAAGAGAUGAACGAGGUGGACAAUAAGAACAACUUAAGUUAUAUUAAAUUUAUAAAUUUUGGUGAGAGGAUCGAAUUGUACAAUUCCAACUAUGGAUAUCUUAUCAACAAGGUGGUUUUCUUUUUGAUGAAUUCUAGAAUUAAGCUGGGCUCAGUUUAUUUUGCAAGAUGCUACAAAAAUUCGCUAGACUACACCCACGACCCUCCAUUGGAUGAAAAUGGGCUAAAGUACGCCAGGAACUUAACUAAAAGCUUAGAAGAAUAUUUAGUGGCAAACGGUAAGGAUUACUUCAAAACGACCCCAACUUUGUCAUCCCCAGUGAAUUCGGCUUUUGAGUUGGCCAAAUCUGCACUGAAUUUAUCAUCAGCUGGCGCCAGCGGCACUUCGCUUUCCACUCUUGAUUCUACCACAUCUUCGGUGCGUCGACCAGCAGCAGGAGUCGACGGAGUAGACGACAAUCUGUUUGUUGUGUGGACUUCGGCUAAGAAGCGUACCAUUGAAACUACUCAACAUUUCAGAGAGAAAAACAUUAAGAUCCGUCAUAGAAUUCAAUUAUCUCAAAAGAACCCUGGGAUAGUUGGAGGUAUGGAGACCAAGGAGAUUGCUGAGAAAUUCCCCACAGAGUAUGAACAAUUUUUGAAAGAUCCUUAUCAUCAUAGAUUUUCUAGAGCAGAACUGUACCAUGACUUGGCUAUUAAAAUUGAGCCAUUGAUUUUGGAAAUGGAGAGAAUGAGUGGAGAUAUUUUAAUCAUUGCAGAUGAUACAGUUUUGAAGGUGUUUUAUGGAUAUUUGAUGUCAUGUUCAUGUUAUGACAUCCCAUCAUUAAAUUUCUCUACAGAUGAGAUUAUUGAGAUAAAGUUCAAUGCUUAUUCCAAUUCAGCUAGAAGAAUUCCUAUCAAGGACUUUGAUUAG